AAAACAAGUGCAACAACUGAUGUUACCAGCAAAAGCAGUACAACCUCGCCAUCACCAACGACGGCCACCACUACAGAGCUGAAGACGACCACAACAACAUCUUCAACUACUGAAAUUCCUGUAGUGGUAACAUUAUCCACAACGGAUACUACUAGUAAGUUAACAACCUCAGAAGCUACCACACAAACAACCACAGAAGCUACCACUUCAACUGCUACCACAACUGUAACUACAACAACAGAGAGUACUUCUGUUGCAACCACAGUAUCGAAGACAGCUGCUCAUGGGACUACUACCAAAGAAAGCACCACGACAUCAUCAACAGACUUGACAACCCCCACACAAACAGCAUCAAGCAGCAAACUAACCACCACCGAGACAACCCCUAGCACUGCUCCAUCCACCACAACCCAAUCUUCAAGCACAACCACUUCUCACCAGACAACAACAACAACCACAACCCAGCCUCCAAGAAGAAUCCCUGAAGUCCGCAGACAACCAGCCGAAGACUGGGCUAAAGCCUAUGAGAAGUUCCAAGGCUGUUAUAUUCCUAGUACAGGAGGCAGUCUGGAGGAAACAGUCAAAAAUGCUAGGAACUUUUAUAACACAACCCGCUGGUGCCCACCUGUGAGGGUUGGUAAUCUGAAAUGGAAUGUCACAAGAGCAGGUCAGACUGGGAAAGCUACAUGUGCUAGCGGAAAUGGGGUAGCAUCGUUCCAGUGUGAUGCCGAUAAAGUGUGUUGGCGCGGACAGCCGGACAUCACUGGCUGUGCUUCACCAAAACUGCAGCAGAUACUCAGACAGGUGGAGGAGAUCCCUAACAAAGAAGUGACAGCCGCUCCUCCAACUAUAGAGCAAUCUGUAGAUCUGUCCAACCAGCUGGUCCGAGUGGCAGAAUCUGAAGACACCACGGUAGAAGAUGUCAUUGUGGCGUCAAGGGUCAUCACAACGCUAACCCAAGUGGAGACAACCGAAGCUCAAGAUGAGAAUCAAGUGGAGGCUCUUGUGCUUAAUGUGGUACAGACCGGAAGUAAUUUUGUGUCCACAAAUAAAUCUGCAAUGUGGGAGAGAAUGACCAAUGAGGACAAAGUUCGGUCUGCGUCCACGCUAAUGGUUGCUAUUGAGACUGCAACUGUUACUAUGGCGGAAAAGAUAGAUAAGCCAACUGUUAUCAAGAAAACUGAUGAAAAUAUAGAGCUAGAACUGCGUGUUGUUGACACCAAGGUCCUGGAGAAGGAGAAGAAGAAUGAACUUGUCUAUGACUCCAGCAACUAUGACAGCUCUUUCUCUAUUCCCAUUGAAACUCUGAAGAGUGUUAGUAAAGGUGUACUGGCCAAAGCUGUCUUCAUGACUCACUAUUCCAUGUCUGGUCUGCUGGGAGGGCGCACACAGAGGCGGACCUUCACAGGAAAAUAUGAGACAUCCCAAACUGGGACUGCAGAAAGCAACAGCACUGCUAAUGCGGGUGUUGAUGUUGGCUUGCACGAGACUGGAGGGGAUACAAGUAAAGAUUCAAAAGGUCCUCAGAUUGUUAGCUACAUCUUGAGCGCUUCACUUGGUGCAGACAGAAUAAUCCAGAAGCUGCCCAAGCCGAUCUCUUUUACCAUGAGGCAUAUCGAGGAGAUUGACGAUAGAUACACUAUUUUAUGUUCCUUCUGGAACGUCAGUAAACAGAACCAGCUUGGCUUCUGGUCACAGGAGGGAUGUAGAAUCUUGCGCACCAACAAGUCAUAUACGACUUGCGAGUGUGAUCACAUGACCAACUUUGCUAUCUUGUUAAACGUCCAUGACUUCGAGGCAUCACCGACCCAUCUGUCCAUGCUGCGACUGGUCACUAUCAUCGGCUGCGUCAUCUCCUGUGUCUCUCUGCUAGCCAGCUGGGUCACCUUCCAGUGCUUCACCUCUUUGCAAGGAGAGAGGAAUUCUAUACACAAAAACCUGGCCUUCACAUUAUUCGUGGCAGAGUUAUUGUUUGUAUUUGGAAUUCAUCAAGUCCAGCAACCGAUAUUGUGCUCUGUCAUUGCUGGCUUUCUCCAUUUUUUCUUUGUGGCUGCUUUUAUGUGGAUGUUUAUUGAAGGGCUUCACAUCAUCUUUAUGCUGGUUCAAGUGUUUGAUGCUUCUAGAUCCAGACUACCCUAUUAUUAUUUGACCGGCUAUGGUGUGCCAUUUGCAGUGGUUGGUGCGUCUUGUUUGUUCUACUACAAGGGCUAUGGAACAGACAAGUU